CCAUUUGCCGGUACCAUUAGUAUCAACGAACCGCUUCACUUGAAGCAACCUUUUCUCGAAAUCGAGCCAGCACUUCUUCCUCCCUCUCAUUGUUUACGAGCCGGCCGCACUUUAAAUCGAUGGGGAGCCCUUUAACCUAACGAUUGAGCUAACGCGAACGUAGAUUAGCGAAAAAAGAAGCGCAAAAGGUCGCGAAUUUCACGAUCGGCGGGCGUGGAUGCACAAACGCGGCGAGUGUGUUGUCGAAAAAUCGAAUGUGUGUACGCUAUCUGUCAACGAACCUGUGUCUAAUGAGAUCUUGCACUAGAAAAGCACAAGCUACUGGCUUGCUUGCGGUGCCGUGUUCGAAGCGAAAGGAGCACUAGGCGUGAGCUGAAAAAAGGUUUUAUUUAUCUGGUGGCGACUGCAGGGCGGUGAUGGCAAUACUCUUGAUACACUUGCGCCGCAUUCUGCUUCUGGUCACGGUCGUCUAUCUCGUGGGGGCGUUGGUACGGAAGCUGCUAUACGGUAAAACAGCCGCCAUACUGCGCUCUUCACGCUCCGUCGGUGGUUUCCUGUUUGCGAAGCGGCUCCACCUGCAGCCCUGGUUCUACAUCUACACUUUUUAUCUAAAAAGUAUGCCAGUGCUUCAGUUAAGGAAUAUCACCACAGCUAACCAAACUAUUGUGCGCCAGAAAAUAUAUUCAACAGCAUUGGAUUCACCCAUCGCUGGAACGAUUCAUUUAGCAAAACGAAAGUUUAAACGAAAACCAUCAACAUGUCUUAUCGAAGUUACAAUUACCCUUGGUCUACGUCCAGUUACAAUUCAAGCUCUUCGUCGUAUUCUGCAUCAUCUAGUCUGCCAAGCUCCUAUCGGAGCUCAAGAUUCUCGACCGAACCUUCAACGACGUCCCGGUUCAGUUCGUUGAGUUCCACGAGCAGCUAUCGUCCAUCAUUAUCUUCCGGGAGCUAUCGUUCUCCGCGAUCUACGACCACAGCUCCAAGCUCAACCGUUUCC